AUUAAUUAUAAAAUAAACACUACACUAUGUAGUUUUUUGUAGUUGGUUUUAACAUCUUUCUGCAUUUGCAUUUAUAAUAUGGGGUAUACAAAAAUAAUAUGGUAUGGAAAUAAUUCUGCGAAAAUUUUAAACUUGGCAACGAUGGUUUCAUCCCUUAACUAAGGAGGUAGAAGGGGGUUGGCUUAGCGUUACCGACGCUAACCAACGCGUCCUUUUCGUUCUUUCUUGUUCAUACCGUGUUUGUGUACUAAGCAUCAAAAAUGGCGUGUGUUGAACCAUGUAGCAUCGGCGUGUUUGAGGCUGGCUACAUGGCGAAAACCAAGGGCGAGGUGCUAAAGUUUUUCAUUAAUCACGGGGUGUUGAAGGACGUGAUAGUGUGUCGGUGCGGAAAUACCCUUAAAAUGGACGGAAAGAUGACUUUCAGGUGCAACAAAAUGGUCUUAAGGAAGAAACGUGCUCCUAAAAAGUGCGGAUUUUGUAUAUCGGCGAGGAAGGGUACUUUUCUCGAGAACUCCAAAUUGGCGAUAGACAAAAUCUUUCUUCUCGUGAACCUUUUGUUGAACUGGAGGCCACCGCGUCAGGAAGCCGCUUUAGAAGAGCUUGGGAUAUCUUCUACUACGAUGGUCGACUGGUACAGUUAUUGUAGAGAAGUGUUUAUUAGCUUCGCUAUUAACAACUCUACAAAACUAGGGGGUCCUGGUUCGAUCAUUGAAAUCGAUGAGGCCAAAUUCGGUAAGCGAAAAUUUAACAAAGGCAGACUUUUCCGGGGCCAAUGGAUUUUCGGAGGAUAUGAGCGAAGCACUGGGAACUUUUUCGUUAUUCCUGUCGAAAGAAGGGAUGCCGAUACUUUGCUUGGAAUAAUUCGCGAUUGGAUCCUUCCUGGUACAACUAUAUAUAGCGACUGCUGGAAAGCCUACAAUUGUUUGGCCCAUGAAGGAUUCCAUCAUCAAACUGUGAAUCAUUCCAAACAUUUUGUCGAUCCCGAAACUGGAACACACACCAAUCACAUCGAGAGGUUAUGGCGCGAAGUUCGCAGUAAUAUCCCCAAAUAUGGCGUCAAGGAAGCUCACUUUGUUGGAUAUCUUGCCGAAUUUUACUUCAAGAGGAGAUAUCCCAAACGCCUGGAGAGGAUGCACCACUUUUUCAAAGCGGCUUCGGAGCUUUACCCGCCGGCAUACUAAGGUAGGUUGAUUAUCAUAUAUUAGAAUUUGAUUUAUUUUGAUUUAACGAUAUACAUCUUUGUUCCGAAAAAAUCAAUUUUAAAUGUGGCAACAGUGCGCAUACCUACACCAACUCAACUACUGUGCAUAACUGUAAUUUUGGUAAUUUUCCGAUGUGCACUAUUUUAUUUGUUGUUUGUACUGUCAUUUUAUGGUAAUUUUUUUGGACUUAGCCUAAAAACCCAAAAAGAGGCCAAAUUUUAAUGAUUUUUAUGUGGCAAAUUAUAUAAAGUGCAUAAAAAGUAUGAAAAAGACACAAAAAAUAUGCGAUUGCAUCUUUGUUCCGUAAAAAUAAAUUUUAAAUGUGGCAACAGUGCGCAUAUCUACAACAACUUGAGUACUGGGCAUAACUGUAAUUUUGGUAAUUUUCUGAUGUGCAUCUUAAUGAAUAUAAAUAAAUAACAUCAAAAACCUGUUGAUAAUUACAAUAGUUCGAUUACAUUAAAUAUUAUUCAAAUAAUUUACUAUAUUAUUAGUUGUUUGUAUUCUCGUUUUAAGAUAAUUUACAGUUUUUAAUUUUUUUGUGUCUUUUUCAUACUUUUUAUGCAUUUUUUAUAAUUUGCCACAUCAAAAACAUUAAAAUUUGUCCUUUUUUUGGGUUUUUAGGCUAAGUCCAAAAAAAUAGGCCAUUUUCGGCAAAUCCGUUUAUAUCAAAUUUUUACCUUAAUUUUUUUUAGA